UUCGGUGCGCUAAACAUGGAGCGACCUCAAAACAGGCGUUAGUGUCUGGGACAGUAAACUCGAGAAGAAACCGAUGCCACGAUGGUGUGUGUGAUUUCCAGUGCGGUGAGGACUCCCCUCAACAGUGUCAUUGUCCAGAGGAGGAGCAAAAGCAAGAGCUACCGGCAAUCGUACCGCAGCUGCUUAGGUGCUGCCUCCCGGCUCGGCCUGACUCCAGCGUUGACAGCACGGAGGCUUAACACCAGCAGAAAAGCUCCAAAGUCACAUAAUAUCAGCGAGAAGGUGAAUCCAGAGCAUCUGGCCUUGCUGUUGAAAACAGAGUGGAGGCUGUCAUACGUCACUCCUCUGUAUAAAUUCAGACACACUCAGCUGAAGAGCUACUCCAGGCAACUAUCAGCGUUUAUUGCUGCGGAGAAGCAGCAGGGCUUGGCAGUGGAAGUGGAGGGAUUGCAGAGCGGUUUCAGGGUGUCUCUCUCUGUGGUGCAGGGGUUGACGGAGACGGUCGAUGACGCGGAGACCGUCCUCAUACAGAUCCAUGCAAACCCUUUGUUUGCCAGACAGGAUGAACCCCAGAGGUCGGUGUGGAGCGGCUGGCUGACCUGCAUCAACGGCAACACGGAUUACCUGCACUCCCUUCCUAAAGACUUCACCUGUCUGCCGCUGUUCGGCUGCAGCGGCUCAGAGGUUCUCACCGCUUUGGUCAAAUCCUGGUUCCAGCAAACAUUUGACUGCUUCUUCGGGCCCCUGGAAAUAAACCACACCAGUUUGCAGUGGAUGGUGGCUUUAUGGAUUAACUGCCACACGGAAUCCAGCAUUAAGCACCUCAAAAUGAUCUGGACUGUCCCUGUUGUGCCACCAAUACAGAUCACCUACACAGUUGACCCCCAAGAUGCCUGGGAGCUGUGGUGCAGUUUGAGGACGGGUCAGCAGAAGGAGAACGAAGGAGAUGAGGAGGGGAGUAGUAUUGAUAUUAAGGAGGUGAUGAGGCUCAUGCAGGGGCUGAUGGGACAUUUCUUCAGACACUUCAGGCUGGAUCUGUCAGCGGGAUGUUUGAGGCAAGUCACAACGGCACUGGGUUCGGCCAAGUGUAAUGGCAGGAUCAAGAUUUCCAACAGCAGAUACAUGAUCACCACCCUGACUCUACUGACAGAGUGUGCCCUCCUCAAAAUGCCCAUCUGAAUAAAGACUUUAACAGGAAGUGCAAUGUUGCAAAAGCAGAAUUCAUUUGAGAGACAGCUGCUUUUAUGAGUCCUUUUUCUUUUUUCAAACAACCAUGCUUAACUUUUUUUAAUAAAAUUACCUUUUUUACCUUUCGACAUGAAAUGGAAUAGCAUUUUUUCACCAUUUUAAAUUCCUUGGAGAUAUUUUCCUUUCACCCAAACCACAAUUUAAACACAGCUAAUCUUGUGGUUGUAAUUAUUGUUACUAUUAUGUUUUUAGGAAAAGUUCUUAUGUUUUAACUUGACCCUGUCGUCUACUUUGUCUGUUAAGCAAAAAUGCUUAGGUUCCACUGUUUCUUGUAAAUACUAUAUUUUAUUUGUGUCCAGUUUUUAACUUU